UAAGAGAGUAAAUGGGAUGUGACACAGACGUUCGAGGCGCACCAAUAAAAACAAUAAGUAAAACUCUUGUGGAGGCGAUACAAAACCCAUAUUUUAUAUAAGAUCGGAAAAGAAAGCCGUCUAUUAAAAGGACACAGCAAAGUGGUUGACCGCAAUGGAGGCGGUGCCUCGAAUGCCCAUGAUCUGGCUGGAUCUGAAAGAGGCUGGGGAGUUCCAGUUCAGCCCGUCUGUCAAGCAGUUCAUUCUGAAGAACUACGGGGAGAAUCCAGAAAACUACAAUGAGCAACUGAAGAAACUGGAACAGCUGCGCCAGAGUGCGGUCAACGUGACGCGGGACUUCGAGGGCUGCAGCACACUGCGGAAGUACUUUGGUCAGCUGCACUACCUACAGAGUCGGGUACCCCUGGGUUCGGGUCAGGAGGCUGCCGUGCCCAUCUCCUGGACCGAGAUUUUCUCUGGAAAGACAGUCACGCACGAUGACAUCAGUUACGAGCAGGCCUGCAUUCUCUACAACCUUGGUGCUCUCCACUCAAUGCUGGGAGCCAUGGAUAACAGGGUGUCUGAGGAGGGUAUGAAGGUGUCCUGCACUCACUUCCAGUGCUCGGCUGGGGCGUUCUCCUACCUGCGGGAUCACUUCAGCCACAACUUCAGCGUGGACAUGAGCCACCAGAUCCUCAACCUCAACAUCAACCUCAUGCUGGGCCAAGCGCAGGAGUGUCUUUUGGAGAAGUCCAUGCUGGACAACAGGAAGAGCUUCCUGGUGGCCCGCAUCAGUGCACAGGUCGUGGAUUAUUACAAGGAGGCAUGCCGGGCACUGGAGAACUCAGAGACGGCCUCUCUGCUGGGGAAGAUUCAGAAGGACUGGAAGAAACUGGUUCAGAUGAAGAUCUACUACUUUGCCGCCAUUGCCCAUCUGCACAUGGGGAAGCAGGCGGAGGAGCAGCAGAAAUACGGGGAGAGGCUGGCCUACCUGCAGAGCUCCCUGGACAAGCUGAGUGAAGCAGUGAAGCUGGCCAAGGGUCAGCCAGACAGUGUGCAGGAAGCCUUAAGAUUCACCAUGGAUGUCAUCGGGGGAAAGUUCAACUCUGCCAAAAAGGACAAUGACUUCAUCUACCAUGAGUCUGUCCCUGCACUGGACACUUUGCCCUCUGUCAAAGGUGCCCCCCUGGUGAAGGCCCUGCCAGUGAACCCCACUGACCCGAGUGUCACCGGUCCUGAUAUCUUCUCCAAACUGGUGCCAAUGGCUGCCCAUGAGGCCUCCUCUCUCUACAGCGAGGAGAAGGCCAAGCUGCUGCGGGACGUCAUGGCCAAGAUCAACAGCAAGAACGAGACCCUGGAGCAAUUCAUGGACUCCCUGUGUCUGGACCCCGACACAGUGGAUAACCUGGACAUGUACAGCCACAUCCCCCCGGUGCUGAUGGAGAAGUGUGCAGCUCUGAGUGUGAGACCUGAUACUGUGAAGAGCCUGAUCCAGUCCAUGCAGACGCUGUCAGGCGUGUUCACGGACGUGGAGGCCUCCCUGCGGGAGAUCCGGGACGUCCUGGACGAGGACGAGGCUGGCGACCGGAGCCUGGAGGAGGUGGUGGGGAAGCAGGCCGUGCCUCCCCCGCCCCCGGCCCUGGUGGAGCUGCGGCGGGACCUGGCCAAGUACCUGGAGGCCCACGAGAAGGCCAGCUUCACCAACACGGAGCUGCACCGAGCCAUGAACCUGCACAUCAGCAACCUGCGGCUGCUGGGGGGGCCGCUGGACACCCUGCGGGAGGCGCUGCCCCACCCCGAACUGAGCGAGGAGGAGGUAGCGGGGCUGCAGUGUAUGAAGCGGAUCCUGGGGAAGGUGCAGGAGAUGCGGGACCAGCGCAGCUCCCUGGAGAAACAGCUGCGGGAACUCAUCCACCAGGACGACAUCACCGCCGCGCUGGUCACCACAGACCGUGCCGACAUGAAAAGGCUGUUUGAGGAGCAGCUGAAGAAGUACGAGCAGGUCAAGGUGUACAUCGACCAGAACCUGGCAGCUCAGGAGAACAUCCUGAAGGCCCUGACAGAGGCUAACGUGCAGUACGCCUCCGUGCGCAAGAGCCUGGCUGACACUGAGCACAAGUGGAACACCACAGUGCAGACUCUGGUGGCCUCCUACGAGGCCUAUGAAGACCUGAUGAAGAAGUCUCAGGAGGGGAAGGAGUUCUACGAGGACCUGGAGGGCAAGGCCUCGCGGCUGCUGGAGAGGGCCAGGGCUGUGUGCAAGGCGCGGGACGAGGAGAGGCAGGCGCUGCUGGACAGAGAGUUGCAGAAGAAGGCCCCGCCGCGACCCACGGCCCCUAAGCCCCCCCUGCAGAAGAAGGCGUCAGACAUUGACCCGGCCUCCAGCAUGGAGGACCCAGAGCUGGCGCAGCUGAGCGCGGCCAUCCUCAGCCUGGGAGGAGACCUGCCCGAGGAGCUGCGCAGCAUGCCCCCGGACUUCUCCUUCCCCGCCGGGACCCGCCCCCCUGCCCCCGAAGCCUUCCUCCCCGGAGGCACGGGACGGUCCCCCCUGCACUGGCCGGGCGCGGCGAUGUACACCCCUCCCCGCUUCCCCCCUCACCUCCCCCCUCCGGAAGUCCUGGCUCGGCUCCCGCACUUCCCCACCCAGCAGCCUCAGGGCUUCCCUGCUGCCCUGCCCCGCGGGCCCCUCCCCCAGCAGCAGCCACAGCCCCCCUUUCCCCAGGGCCCCCAGCACCCCCCGGUCUCCGGCUACGGCCUGCCUCCCCCGCAGCCCCAGCCCGGCCCACCGGGGGGCGCCGUGCCGGUCCGUCCCUCCACGACCACAGUGGACAGCGUGCAGACACCCAUCACGAGCUACACCCCAGCCCCGGGGCAGCCCGCUCUCCGAGCGCCGGUCCCUCAUCACCCUGUUCCUCCCGCUGUCUCUGCCGGGUACACGGUGCCUCCGCAGAUGGGCCAUUUCCCGCAGUACCCUCCGCAGCCUGGCGUACCUGUGCAUCAGCAGCAGCCCUUCCCCCAGCCUCCCGCCCAGUUCCCUCACCCUGCAGGGCAGCAGCAGCCCCACUACCAGCCCCUUCCAGGCCCUGUUCCUGGCCCUGCCUCCAUCCCGGGUCCUUCCCCUGGCCCUGGCCCUGCCCCCGUACCUGGCCCUGCCUCUACCCAACAGCCCACCCAUGGGCCUCGGGUGCCGCUCCCAGCCCAGCCGCAGUACCCCCACUACAUGCCCCAGCCCAGGCAGCCUGUUCCCCCUCACUUCCAGCAGCCUGCCUUUCCUGGGCAGCUCCCGCCACAGGUGCGCGUAGGCCUGCCCUCCCAGCCCCAGGCGGGGUACCUGCCUCCAGCCUCCCUGGCCUCUCAGCCCCACGUGAUGCCUGGGCCCCACCCACCACAGCCUCACCUAACCCCUGCCUCCCAGGCCCAGUUACCCCCUCACGCCCCUCACCCACAAAUGCCCCCUGCUCCCCAGGCCCAGUUACCCCCUCACGCCCCUCACCCACAAAUGCCCCCUGCCUCCCAGGCCCAGCUACCGCCCCAUGCCCCUCACCCACAAAUGCCCCCUGCCUCCCAGGCCCAGCUACCGCCCCAUGCCCCUCACCCACAAAUGCCUAGAGCUCCUCUCCCGGCUCAAGCCCAGCUGCCCCCUGCCUCUGUCCCCUCCCAGCCUCACCUCUCCCCCCAGCCCCAGCUACCCCCUGCCUCACACCCAGGACAGCCACACCUGCCCCAGCCCCAGCCUCCCAUCCGAAUGCCCCAGCAGCCCCUCCCCCCUCACUCCGGGGCCAUGUGCUACCCUGGGGGCGCUCCCAUGAUGCCUCACCAGGCUCCUCCAGUCACCCCCCAGCAGCCCCAGCCUCUGGCACCCCAGCCCCUCCCCUCCGUCGCCCCAACAAGCUACUCGGCCCCUCCGGCCGCUGCCGUUUCGGCCGGCCCCUUGCAGCACCCCACCGCGAUGGGACCGCCCCCUGGGGCCCAGCCCCUCCCCCAGCACAUGAUCCCUCCCUCCUCGGCGGCGCCGGUCUCUCAGCCGCCGAAUGUCAUCCCGCCGUCGCCGGUCCCCUCGCCCUCCCCAUCCCCAGGACCGCCCUCCCUGGGGCUGAUCCCCCAGAGGCCCUCCCCAGCCCUCACCCCGGUGGGAGGAGCCCCCUUGCCCCCGCCAGCCGCCUCCUCCUCCCCACCCACCUCGUCCGACUCCCUCUUCCAGCGGCAGAGCUCCAGCACUGACGACCUGCUCUCCUCCAGCCCCGAGAGCCAGCACGGCGGGCCCAAGGCCACUGCCAACGUGCUGCUGCCCACCAAGGCCGACCCGCAGGACGGCCAGCGCAGGAAGAAGCCGGAGGGCGUGCGGCUGAUCGAGGGCGACCCCUACCAGGCGCCGGAGCGGGUGUCGCGGCUGUGCGCCGAGCUGGAGCGCUUCCGCGCCGCGGUGCAGUCCCUGGAGCGGCCGCAGCCGGACGCCGGCGCGCCCUCGGAGCUGGACCUGCGCUGGAAGGAGCUGCAGGAGCUGCAGGAGAAGGACGCCCGGCAGCUGUCCAUCGCCAUCGCCCGCUGCUACAGCAUGAAGAACCGCCACCAGGACAUCAUGCCCUACGACCGCAACCGCGUGGUGCUGCAGUCCGGCAAGGAUGACUACAUCAACGCCAGCACCAUCGAGGACCUGUCGCCGUACUGCCCGCGCAUCAUCGCCACCCAGGCCCCGCUCACCGGCACCGCCGCAGACUUCUGGCUCAUGGUGUACGAGCAGAAGGUGUCGCUGGUGGUCAUGCUGGUGUCAGAGCAGGAGCUGGAGAAGCAAAAGGUGUUGCCUUACUACCCGUUGGAGCGGGGCCAGCAGCUCUCUCAGGGCCCCAUCACUCUGACGCUCACCACACAGAAGAACACGCCCACUCACGUGGAGCGCAUGAUCGGCCUGCAGUACCGCGACCAGAGCCUUAAACGCACCGUCAUCCACCUGCAGUUCACCUCCUGGCCUGAACUGGGCCUCCCAGACAGCAAGAGUAACUUGAUCCGCUUCAUCCAGGAAGUGCACGGACACUACCUGCACCAGCGCCCCCUGCACACUCCCAUCGUGGUGCACUGCAGUUCUGGUGUGGGCCGCACCGGCGCCCUCUGCCUGUUGUAUGCAGCACUGCAGGAGCUGGAGGCAGGGAAUGGCAUCCCCGACCUGCCACUGCUGGUGAGGAAGAUGAGGCAGCAGAGGAAGAACAUGCUGCAGGAGAAGUUGCACCUAAAGUUCUGCUAUGAGGCCGUCUUGAAACAUGCCGAGCAGGUCCUCCAACGCCACGGCAUCUGCACUGCCCCCAGCAGCAAGAGCACUAACAACACAGCCAUAAAGCCUUACUCACGGCAGGAGUCCCAGGACAUUGUCCUCGGGGGGGACAUGCCCAUCAGCUCCAUCCAGGCCACCAUCGCCAAGCUGAGCAUCCGACCCCCCGGUGCCUCAGAGCAGGGGCCCGAUCCAGGCCAGGAUCUGCCUCCCUCUGCCCUGGCUGAUGUCCUGUUUCAUGGAGACCUGGAGCCUGGCCCUGCACCCACCACCCAAGACCCCCCUCCCAGUGAGUCCCUGCCCGUCUCCCUCAGCCCCCCGCCCCCCUCCUCCCCGGAGAAGACGCAUUCCACCCCUCCCCCCAAUCAGGAGAACGGCAACGGCUUAGACGGGCCCGACCCCGCCUCCGCCACAGCCAAUCACCACGCCGACCCCUCCCCGGCGCCGGCUCCGGCCCUGCCUCCCGCGCUGGGCUCCUCCUCGUCCUCCUCCUCUCUGGAGCUGCUGGCCUCCCUGACGCCCGAGGCCUUCACUCUGGACAGCGCCUGCCGCGGGAAGCAGCGCAUCAGCAAGCAGAGCUUCCUGCAGCCGCACGACGGCCUGGGCCUGCAGGUGGCGCAGUCGGAGGACGACCCCCUGAGCAACCUGGACCCGCUCUGGACGCUCAAUAAGACCUGAGCCUGAGCCACGUCUCUGCUUCCCUUCUGCACUCUCUCUCCCUCUGUCUCUCUGUCUGUUCCCCCUUUAGCACACAGUCAGUCCAACUGUGUAACCCCUCUGUUCUGUCCACCCCCCCCCCCCUCCUUUCUCCCUGGAAAUGGCCUGUGUCCCUGGGACCACAUCAUUGUCUGUCUGUCUGUCUAAGUCUGUUCGUCCAGCUGUGCCACCAAACUCUACCCUCCACCUCUCCCGGCCGCAGUUCACAGUCUGCCCAGUCACAGCCCUCUGUCCCAGCAUGCUCUCCUCUUGUGGCACUUGCAGUGGUGUCCGUGCACUGUGGGCACGUGCAGGCGGCACGCUUCCUGCCUGCAGCACGGUCCCGUUCAGGGUACGGAACUCAGCGGAGAGAGAUAAGUGCGCCAAAGCUGCUUCCUGAUGAUGAUGAUGAUGAUGGUGAUGGUGAUGAUGGACUGCUCAGAUCAGUAACAGCUCAGCCCACACAUGAUGAGUUAACAGUGAAAAGAUGUCUCUAAUCCCAUCGGCUGACCUUGGCAGCGCGGUCGAUGGAGGUCUCCCAGGGCUCGCCUGUCGUCAAGGUUGCCGUGCACCACACUACAGUGAUCUGCGUGUGAGCUGUUGGAUGGCUUUGAUCUGUAUGUAUGUAUGUAGAACGGAAGUGUAGCUGGUAAAUGAAUAGACCAGAGAUUCUCACUUUAUUGCUAAUAUCAUGCACACGCACCAAUGAUCAGCAGACCAGAAAUCGUAACACAUCUUUUUAAUGCAGUGAAUAUUUCCUUCCUUUCUGUAACAAUGUAAAUACAUCUUAAUUAAAGUAAACCUCCUGGAA